CGGAUUUAUUGGUUCGUGUGGGCGCCAAACAAGCCGCAACAGUCACCAACAUCGCCACCACCAUGCAUCGCCCCAUCCGUCAGCGUCCAGCACGUCCAAUCGUAGACUUUAAAGCUGCCAUCGAGGAAAAUGAUGUCCCUAAGGCUGACUACUUGCAUAUUGACGCGUUCGUCGCACAAGCAAUUGCCUUCAGACGGCGAUUGCAAGAAUAUGUGGUAUUUGGAAAGGAAGACAUACAAAAGCAGGAGGAUGAUUAUGAAAAAGAGGUGAAAGCUCACGAAGUGCGGAGAGACGAGUAUGAGGCCCUAUAUGCUGAGGCGAAUAGCGACCUAAACCAGAUGAUUGAGACGCUUAAUCAAGAACGGGCGGAGGAAGAGCAGCUCCAACGAGAGGUAUCCGAAUUGCGUGAACGACGCGCAGGAGCUCGACAAGCCGCGUUGGGGGUGACUUCCGACGUUAAUGACGUGCAGGGUGCAAACGAACGUUUGCGUCAAAAGCACGAGGCUGAGCUCAAGGCCAUACAAUCACGAAAGGCCAAGAUAGAACCUGAGCUACGCAUCGUGGAAUCUUUGCUAAGUUGUUCAAUUGACAAUGUUCAACGCGACACGGUGUUAUUACGAUUCACCAACGUUGAUGAGGCGAAUCUAGCCCGAGAGUUCAGUCUUGUGUUAGAUCUUUCUCAACAGAAAUUCAAAGUUCCCACCUCAACACCACUGCUACCCUCAAUAUCUGAGCUGGUAGAAAUGCUGAAUGGUAGCAGAGACUUUCCAUCAUUCGUGAAGAAGGUGAGGUUGGCUUUCCGGGAGUACACCCGAGAGGAGCGCGGUGGAGGCAGGGGCUGAACCCUGACGAAUGUGGUAAUUCCGCUGAAGUGGGUACUUCCUCGAUUUUCGCGGCCUCUUCCUUUACGACGGUGCGAGUGGAGGUUGGCAUGCAGCCAUUGACAGAGGUGCUGGAGAAGCGCUGUGUCAAGUCACGACCCUUCGUGCUCAGCUCGUUUUGCCUUCUCGGAAGCAGGAAUCCCGGUAGUGCAGGGUUUGAAAGCAUCGAGUUGACUGGUGGCUCGGGAAUUGUUAGGAGUGGCAGAUUCUACUGCUUGUGGACAUGAUGGAUGGACUCCGAUGGUCGAUUUGUACCCUACCCUCAUCAUGUAACGACGACAAAUUUCUGGC